AUGAGACUCGCCCACCUCCACCUCCACCAUCAAACGCCCUUUGCCCGCGUCUCAGCCAUCCAACAAGCCCUCACAACCCGACUCCUCACCCACAAAAAGCUCGCCUCCCCAGGCUCUCUAUCCUCCCAAUACGACCACACCUCUUUAAAAUCACCACCCCCACCCCCAGACCCAACAAUCAUAACCUUCACCCCAAACCCCGUCUACACCACUGGCCGCCGCGACCUCCCCCCAUCAAACACACUCUCCCCAACCCUCUCCCUCCCCCCACCCCUCGAACCAAUCCGCCAUAUCUUCACAAAAAACAAGGCAGAAUACCACCCCACGCUACGCGGUGGCCAAACAACAUACCACGGCCCCGGCCAGAUGGUCGCAUACACGAUCCUCGAUCUAAAGAGACUGGGUCUUACGCCGCGAUGCCAUAUCCGCGUUCUGGAGAAUAGUGUUAUUGAUUUACUGGCUGGGUAUGGGGUGCGUGCAGUGACUACUGAGGAUCCGGGUGUGUGGACGGGUGGGAAGAAGAUUACUGCUGUGGGUGUGCAUUUGAGGAGGAAUAUUAGUAGUUUUGGGAUUGGGUUGAAUGUUACAGAUGAGCCUAUGUGGUUCUUUAAGCAGAUUGUUGCUUGUGGGUUGGAGGGGAAGGAGGCUACCAGUUUGCAGGGUGUUGGUGUGGCUAAGGAGAUUGAUGAUGUUGCUGCUGGGUUUGUGGGGAGGUUUGUGGAUCGUGUUAAUAAGGAUUUUGCUUGUGGGGAGGGUUUGGGGGAGAAGAUUGAGGAGGUUUAUCGGGUUAGGGAGGAGGAUCUUUUGCCGGCUUGUUAA